AUGAUUCUCGCUUUGGGUGCGAGAGGUCCCGAGUUCGAUUCUCGGAAUGCCCCAUUGACAUUUUCAGCAGUGUCAGAGGUUCGAGAUUUGCACAAAAGUGAACUCUUCUUGAGCCAUUCUAACCACACAACAUCAAACACCCCCUCGCUCCUACAACGCAAAUGGUGCAGUUUAUUCAAUAAUGAGCUCAUGAAACAGAAAAAGUAA